AUGAAGAGGAACAAUUUAUCUGUUGUGAAUAAGAUUGUCCAGUACUCAUCAGCAGUGAAACAACCAAAAGUUGGGUUCUACUCUUCUCUCAACCACACCCAUUUGCCGGCUGUCCUUCUAGACUGGGGGAGUUUGCCUCACUAUGUAGUAUUACGCAUUUUUCAGUAUCUUCCUUUAAUAGAUCGGGCCCGGGCGUCUUCGGUAUGUAGGAAAUGGAAUGAAGUUUUUCAUAUUCCUGACCUCUGGAGAAAGUUUGAAUUUGAACUGAAUCAAUCAGUGACUUCAUAUUUUAAGUCUACCCAUCCGGAUCUCAUUCAGCAGAUCAUUAAAAAGCAUGCUACCCAUCUCCAAUAUGUCAGCUUUAAGGUUGAUAGUAGUACUGAAUCAGCAGAAGCUGCCUGCAAUAUACUUUCUCAGCUGGUAAAUUGUUCUAUCCAGACUUUGGGGUUGAUUUCAACGGCCAAGCCAAGUUUUAUGAAUGUGUCAAAGUCUCAUUUUGUGUCGGCACUUACAGUUGUCUUUGUCAACUCAAAAUCAUUAUCAUCGAUCAAAAUUGAAGACACACCAGUGGAUGAUCCUUCAUUAAAGAUUCUCGUGGCCAAUAAUAGUGACACUCUAAGACUCCUAAAAAUGAGUAGCUGUCCUCAUGUUUCCUCUGAUGGAAUCCUUUGUGUAGCUGAUCGUUGUCAAGGCCUUAGAGAACUGGCAUUGAAUUAUUACAUUCUCAGUGAUGAACUUCUCCUAGCACUUUCGAGUGAAACUCAUGUUAACCUAGAGCAUCUUCGAAUUGAUGUUGUGAGUGAAAAUCCUGGACAGAUUGAAUUUCAUUCUAUUAAAAAACAAAGUUGGGAUGCGCUUAUUAAACACUCCCCUGGUGUUAAUGUUGUUAUGUAUUUCUUUUUAUACGAAGAAGAAUUUGAGGCAUUCUUCAAAGAAGAGACCCCUGUUACUCACCUUUAUUUUGGUCGUUCAGUGAGCACAGCGGUUCUAGGACGGAUAGGUCUUAACUGUCCACGACUAAUUGAGUUAGUGGUAUGUGCUAAUAAUGGUCUUCAGACUCUCGAUACUCAACUUAUUUGUAUUGCUGAACACUGUAAAAAUUUAACAGCCUUGGGCCUCAGUGAGUGUGAAGUCAGCUGCAGUGCAUUCAUUGAAUUUGUAAGACUGUGUGGGAAAAGACUAACACAGCUCUCUGUAAUGGAAGAGGUUUUGAUCCCUGAUGAUGAGUAUAACCUUGAUAAAAUUCACACAGAAGUGUCCAAAUACCUGGGAAGAAUAUGGUUCCCUGAUGUCCUGCCUGUCUGGUAA